CCGAUUCCCUUCGGGGCCCCUUCCCUGGACACUUCUACCCUUAGAGAGCCGGCUAACCGGCCAUGUAUGAUGACAAUGUAUGCCUUAGGUAGGUAUUUUACCUGAACUAUCGAUUAAGCCUUGGUUGGCUACCGUUCCUCGUCGUUUCUGCAUUCGCCGGUAAGCUGGAGCUGGUCCUUUCCAGCUCGGACUCUCUCCAAACCGGACCCCGAAGGCACGCUCAUUGAAUUCGGUCAUUUUUUUCUUCUUCCCUAGCUUUAAAUCCACAUUGAUGCCGCACUCAUUUCCAAAUCCCUUCCCGGAACACGGGAAGGGAAUGACAUUCCGCUGUGCACAAUUGGAGCCAUGAAGAUACUCUGCCUCCAUGGUCAGGGCUCGAGCGCUUCCGUCUUCAAGUCGCAAACUGCGGCCAUUCGCGCAAAGCUAGACAGGUCUACUUACACCUUUGACUUCGUCGACGCGCCCUACCCAUGCCCACCGGCGCCGGGGAUCAACGUCAUGUUCGAGUCCGGCCACUACGCCUGGUACCCGAAGCAGACCGCCCCGCUGAUCCGGAGCGCGCACAAGUGGCUGGUCGACUACGCCGAGGAGCACGGCCCAUACGACGCCGUCUGCUGCUUCUCGCAGGGGUGCGCACUCGUCAUGAGCUUCCUGCUCUACCACGCCAGGGAGACGCCGCGGGAACCCCUGCCGUUCAAGUCGGCCAUCUUCAUCUGCGGCGGCGUGCCCUUCCCGGUCCUCGAGGACCUCGGCCUGCCCGUGCCGCAGCGGGCGCGCGACAUCAACGACGAGACCGUCAGGGUGCUGAAGGAGAAGGCGGGCCGCCUAGUGCAGAUGGCCGCGAACCCGGACCAGAUCCAGCGCGGGGUCGGCCUCUGGGACGACUCGGCGGGCCUGUUACACGACCCGACCGUCAUGCCUAGCAUGUCUGAUGUGUUUGGCCUGGAUUUCACGGCCUUCCCCGAGGAUGUGCGCAUCAAGAUCCCGACCGUCCAUAUAUACGGCGCCAAGGAUCCCAGGUGGCCGGCGAGCUUGCAGCUGGCGUUCUUCUGCAAAUACAGGAGAAUGUACGACCAUGGUGGAGGGCAUGACAUACCGAGAUCGAGCGAGGUGUCGAAUGCGAUAGCGGAGCUGAUCAAGCGGCUCAAUGCUGAUUCUUAGGUUGCCGUUAGACGCCGUCUGCCGUACGACUCUUGGAAGCAUUUAUGGAGGAGGGAGAUUGGGCUGGCUGGCGAAUGCUGCCUGCCCUUUUUGAGCCCUCAACUUAGGGCGCGAACGAAUAAUAUACGACAUUUUGAUCCCUCAGCUGAGAAGACACACAGGUUAUUCAUGAUACGGGCUUCAGAACCACCCAAGCCAUUCGGGUCCUGCCAUCGACAGCGUCGGGCGAGAAGGUGGCUAUAAGACUUCUUUCGGUGGGCGAUCGCUCUCAUCGUUCCCGGAAAGCC